GAGAUGUCAUGAUUGACAGCUGAGAUUGACAGCUUCUCUGAGCGAAGUAGUCACUGAGGUGCCAACUGAUUUUUUUCUGGAUCUUCGCAAAGAGAUUGGAGCUUUAACUUUAAUUUCUACAUUUCCAUAACUGUUUAUUUCACACAGACAUAAGUUGCUCUGAGUGGGGCGGGACCUUGAGAUCGCGGCUUCACUUCGUGAUCACUACUGCGCAAACUCAGGCUCCAGGUUCACUAUAUGUAGACUUGAGACUCAAGAUGUCAGCGCCAUAUUGGCACACUGGCGGCUUCAGUUACUACAAUGGAAGAGAGUGAAGGUGCGUUGUCCAUCUUUUUUUUUUUUUUUUUUUUUUUCAGUCUAUGCUCCCCAACUAUUUCCUCCUCUAUAAUCUUUUUUUUCUUUUUCUCCUUUUUACUGCAAAUCAGCGCUCAGGUAAUUUGGAUCACAAGCUUCUUGCAGGCUACCAUUUUUAAUAACAAUUCCAGUCUCGCGCGAACUCCGGUCUCAUGCGCGAUCUUGCGUUAUUUCCUUAUAACUUCUUGCGUGUGUUUGGUUGUGAUAAUUUGCAGACCAGACAGAGUUGUCAGAGAUUCUUCCUAUUGUAAAGUCAUGCAAUGUGUAAACACUGUCGCUGAUCCAUCGUGCAAUGUGCACACAGCAGAGACUGAAUGCUACCCCAGGUAGUCAUGCAGAGGGAAAAGAACAGUGAUCUGACGACUUUGAAAACUGUGCAAUAUGAACUCGACACAAGGUCUGCGUUAACUCCAGACUGUAAAUCGGGCCAAGUCUGAGCAAAAGUCGUGUAGUGUAUUCCAGCCUUAGGUUGCAUACAGUUGUCAGGGAUUAAGCUAUAUUCUAGUGUGAGAAAGACAUGUAAUGAAUUUGCUUAAUAUAAUAACAUUUUAAUUAAAGUCGGCAUGAAACAGAAAUUUAUAGACUUUUUUCCCUUUUUGCGACGUAUCUGAGUGAAAUGGCUUCUCGAACAAAGUGAUGCUGUCCCGCCUUCGCGCUGAAAAACUUGUGAGAAGAAAGAAAAGAAAAGAAAAGAAAAGAAAAGAAAAGAAAAGAAAAGAAAAAAGAAAAGAGGCGACAAGUAGAAGGAAGGGAAGUUACUUCAAUUCUUUUUUCCUAAUACAUUUUGAUGGUGACUAUCAGAUGUAGAGCAGUCAACAUCCAGAACUGGACAAAAGUGUUUUCAAAGUGUUUUUUUUUGUUUGUUAGUUUUUAUUAGAAUCUGGCGUUUAAUAAAUCAGUCUAAUGGUAAUAUACUCCAUUGACCACUAGAGCAUGCACAUGACACAAAACAGCUCCGCUUCCCUGCAUGCGAGCUUUUCAUUAGACACCUUCACUGAACAACAGACAAAGAAUUACAUGCAUCUCUUCCAAUAUCCGAUCAUAUUAUGGGCGGUAAGGAGGAGUGUGAGCCAUAGAUAAACCAGUCAAAAAUGCAGACCUCUCUCGCUUCCCCAGUGUCGCAGUGAUCGUGGACUAUGGCCAUUUCCACGAAUGCGGCUCUCUUCUGGCACUUGGAGCGGCGUGACCACCGCACGUCCCACUGACUCACGGAUCUGAGCAGAUGUCUCGUCCAGUACCGUCCACCUCCUCUGCAAACACAAAUGGCUGGUCGUGUCGCUGGAAACUGGAGAGAUUUGCACAGAUUGAGCUGCAGCAUCCUGCGCUCUGGAGAGAGGAGGAGAGGAUGCUCGUGCACACAGACGUCUGGAGGAAUGCGGAGCACUAAACUCUCAUCUUUAGCAAUAUUUCUACUUUUAUUACACAGCGCACAGGCUUCUGACGAUGACUUGAGUCAUGAAGCCUCUGGAUUAUUUCUGGAUGUGGCCACCUCACCCUCCUCAACCCAUUUGUUGGGUGGCUUCCUUAUGACAGACAGGAAUCCAGCCUCCAUAGUCCAAUCAGGUCCCACAGGCUCGUCAAAGGGAAGCAGAGAACAACCGGCAUUUUCCUCCAUACUCACAUUACUUGCCAGCACGGCCCAAAAACCUCCUGAACACCCAUCAAAAAUUGUUGCACGUGACAACAAAACACAUCGAUGGCCUUCAAACAGGUCUUUGGAGAGAGUGGAGUCGUCUUUCACGCUUCCAUCAUCUGUGCUGGUCAGCAAUCAAUCCUCCAGCUCAGAGUCUGAGUGGAUAUCUGAUCUGGUGGAACCUGUGGCCACAUCCAGAGUUGGGGACCCUCACAAUAAAGCCAGUGAUUCUAGUAGAUACCCAACUGAGCAGAAAAACACAGCUCCACCCAGUAGACCUUCAGCUACAGCUGUGGACACACAACAAGAACGGCCAGAUAUUACAACUACUUUCAUAUCUCAACCUACAACAUUUACCAGCAAUACUGUUAGCACAACCAUCAUCCCCUUUACAACAACUACAGAUCAGAUUAGCACUACCAAAUCAUUGGCUGCUAAACGACACCCUAAAACACCUAGGACCACUAUUAGAACUACAACUACCCUCCCAGAAUCUCCAAAGACAACACCUAGAAUCCUCUCUGCCACCACUUCACAGAGUGCUAAGUUGGACCCUUCAAGAAGCACUUUAGGUCCUCCAAGAGCUGCUGCUGCUACUGAGGACACACUGCUGAGAUGUAACAUCACGGACAAGAUGUGGAUAAAAACAGUGUUGUCUGUACAGUUACGAAGAAGUCGUCUAGACAGUAUUUUGAAGCAGAAUCUCCCUCGAGGGUUUACUCAAGCUCUGAAGAAGGCCUUAAACGACAGCACGGUUCAGGCUAAGAUUGAGAGCAUCUCCAGUGUGCCUAAUGUGACAGUCGGUUACUAUGUGAUCAGUGGAGAGAUGGUGUACACUGCUGCAGUUGUGGUGGAGGCUCUUAGCGUCUAUGGUAUUGAGAGAUUGAUGGUGGACAUCCGGCAGUUUGUGCCACUGGUGCAGGCGAUUCCCAUCCCAGCAGUCCCUUGGAGACCCAGCCCUACCAUCUCAUUGAUGCUGAAGACAGUUCUUAGGUUUGUAGGUCCAGGAGAUGACCUCAGGUCCUGCAGAUUUACUCAGAUGAUGGAACGGAGACUGGAGAAUGCUUUUGCUGAGGCCGAGGCCAUAGUGAUGAACUCUCACAGCGGCCUCACUGUACAGAUUUUGAGCACAUCUCAGUCUUUGGGUUCUCCUGCAAUAUCUCUGAUAUAUGUGGUGCAUAAUGGCAGUGUCUCUCUCAAUGGCACAACAGCCAGUAACCUCCUCAGCCACCUGACCGCUGAGCUUGUCGGCUACUUCCUGUUUUACCCUCCACUGAUCACUGCUGAGCCUCUGGAAUAUCAUAACCUCAACACAUCAGUAGCAACCAGGCCAUUUUGGAUAAUCACAGUGAUUCAGGAUGUGGAAAACUCCUCUCUGGAAGGACAGUACCAGAGCUUUGCCAGUCUCAUGGAGGAGCGGUUGGCUGAGCUCUUCAUGGUGGCCCAUCAGCAAGGCAUUCGCUUUAAACGGGCAACAACAGUGGGCAGUUACACUGUCCAGAUGGUUAGUAUCAGGCGUGUACAUGGGCCAAAAAACCCAGCUGAGAUGACCUACUAUGCCCAGCAAAACGAGACCCCACUGCUUGGCACAUCUGCAGCCAAGCUUCUGAACACAGUGGACUCACAGACCAUGGCGCUCACACUGGGAUACUUUGUCCAACUGCAGGCUGAAGCCGUGGUGAAGAAUCCACCCAACAACCUGUGGAUCAUUGCAGCGGUGCUAGCACCCAUCGGUGUGGUGACCCUCAUCAUCAUUAUCAUCACCAUGGUGCUCUGUCAUAAAAACAAGAGUGAUUUCAAAAGCGAUCCAAUUGGCAACUUCAACCCUCGAGUCAAGACUGCUUACUGGAGAGACGUGGGUUAUUACCCUCAGCCUGUUCAGGGGUUUGACUAUGCCAAGCAACACCUGGGUCAGCAGGGUGGUGAUGAGGAGAUCCUCCCGGUUACCCAGGGGACUAUGGUUCUGCCCCACCCCAUUCGAGAUGCCCCUCUGUCUUUAGAAAAACCUGCACGCCAGGAUGGAUCAACUUCCAAGAAAAGCCUGACUAGUGAGAUAAGGAAAAGUAGGUUGCCGAGUGAGGACGGUUCUGUCAUCAGCAGCGAAUCAGUGAAAGAGGUCUCGGGAAAGGGCUUGAGUGUGCAAAAAGCCACAGCGCAGCAGAAACUCACAAAGGAAGAGACGAGAAAGAGUAAUGAUCAUUAUGAUAGUUCUUCAGGAUCACUUCAGCUUAUUUCCAUAAAACCAAUGGCAGCUCCACCUACUUACUCGCACCCUGCUUCAUCUGACCGCAGUCAGGACUCUGCCAUAUUAAAUGGAGAGGUGAAUUUGGCUCUGAAACAGAAGUCGGACAUUGAGCACUACAGGAAUAAGCUAAGACUGAAGGCCAAGAGGAAGGGAUAUUAUGAUUUCCCUUCUGCUGAGGGGAAAGGCAGCACUAAAAACCUGAGUCAGCGACACAAGUACAGCCACGACAGGCCUCCACACCCUCACAGCAGAGCUCUGGAACAGGAGGACGACAGGGGCUCCACAUAUGUGAAGCAUCACAGGAGACCCUCUCAGGUGAGUCACCCCACACAUCGCAGCAGACAGUCUCUAAACAGUCCAAGUCCUGGAGGAACAGAGAUGGAUCUUCUGGUCAUGAGAGAGAGACCCAGAAAGGGGAUCCGUAACAGUGGCUAUGAUACUGAGCCAGAGAUUAUUGAAGAGACUGACGUCGACCGACUGGCGGGCCGCCAUUAUCUUGGCUGUGGUCGACAAAUCAAAGGUCAAUCUGAGACAUCAACGCUGAGCUCUCAGCCUUCCAUAGAUGAGGUUCGUCAGCAGAUGCAUCUCCUGCUAGAGGAAGCCUUUAGUCUAGCUUCAGCUGGCCACUCCACCUCCAGCAGACACCAUCACUAUCAUUCCCACCAUCAGCAUCCGCCGCUGGGGCCCUAUGGCCUAGGUCCAGUCAUCCCGUACUCAGAGGUGGUGACCAGUGCACCAGGCACCACGAGUCAAGGGCAGGGAGGCCUGCAAUGGGUGCGAGCCUAUAAACCAGACCCUUACCAUUGCAGUCUGGCCAAACAGGCAUUCAGGUUCACUCAGCUUCCUGACAUGGCUCUUGAGUCUCCUCCACCCCCCAUCCCACCAAGGACAGGCCCUCCACCUGAGUCCUCACUGCGACGGUCAUCUUCUGAUCUUGGUCCAAAGGGUCAUUGCUCUGAGUCAUCAAUGCCCAGUCAGCAUGAAAGCGCCCCCUACAUGCCAAACAGCAGAGCGCCACUCCCACCUGUCACUACUGAGCCGAUUCCCGACCCCUCAGGAAAUCCUAUGACAGCAGUGUACUCCAUCCCAGCCACUCGUCCAGGAUGCACGGGAUAUUUUAUCUCCACACCACCCUCCUCUUAUCACAGCCCGUCCUGGAUGUCUUACCCCCCUGAACCCGAGGAUGUGCCUCCUCAGUGGGCCGAAUCUAUGCCCUUACCUGGCUACGCAGAGGCCUUUCCUCACCCUCACUAUCCUCAGGGCAGCCCUCUCCUGUGGCACCACCGCCAGGCCACUCAGGGUGGUCCAGACCAUCCGCCCCCUUCCUCCACUGCAGUGUCCCAGCGGAGUCUAGCAGAGCCUGGAGAUCUGAUCAGCCCUGACACCCCCCUCAGCAGCCUUUCCACUUCAGCCCUGGUCAAAGCCAUCCGUGAUGAGGUGGCCAAACUUGCCAAGAAACAAGCAGACAUGUUUGAGUUCCAGGUGUAGAACUUUCUAGUGGAUUCAUGGACCAGCUGCAUUGAUAUAUGUAUAACUUAUGUAAAAAUUAGACUUCUAAUUUCACUGGACUUAAUCAUAUAUUUUUUUUUUCUUUAAUGAAAUGCCUGUCUGUUUUCAAUACAGGUUUUGUGUGGUUCUCUUUGCCAUUGUACUAUAACAUUAAUAUGUAAUUGUAUUUUUUUCUUUAUUGUAGUAUAACAUUAAUAUGUAAUUAAAUAUUUUAUUUAAUCAGACAAUAUGAAAAUUCACACUGUUUUCCCAUUUUGGCAGUGUUAGGUUUAAUUAUGAAACCUGACAUGGUAAUUAAAUGGAUGGUUUACCCAAAAAUCUAAAUAUUUUUAAUACUCAUUAUUUUUGUCCAUGCAACCAAAAUUGUCAAGCUUCAAAAAGUUCAUAAAGACAUUCUAAAAGUAAUCCAUAUAAAUCUAGCGGUCUUCUGAAAAGAUAUGAUCAAUUUAUGUGAUUUAAUUUAGGUUUUUAUUUACAUAAAAUACAUACAUAGAGCACAUCAAAUAUUGUCAACAGGAGAACAAAAUAGUUUUUUUUUUUUUUUUUUUUCUUGGGAAUCAAGCAAGUAUGACAAAAAUGAGAGAUUAUUAACGUCUUAAUUUGUGUUCUGAAGAUAAACGGAAGUCGUAUGGGUUUGGAAUAAUAUGAAGGUGUGUAAAUGAUGAGAGAAUUUUCAUUGUGGGGUGAACUAUCCCUUUAAACCAGAAACAAACUGACAACAAAUUACAACAUGUAAAACAAACCAGUUUGCAACAAAGUCAUUUUCAAGGCUCAGAACCUUAAUGGCACUUUAUUUAUUUAUUUUCUUGUAUAAUUAUUUGGAACACAUUGCCACCAUUGGGAGCAGUGUUGUCUUGAGAUUGUCUACACUGGAAGUGUCAAAUUUGCAUUUAAAACUUUAUGGAAAUUCAAUGAUAUAAAAAUUGACAUUAUUAUUAUUUUAUAUUAUUAUUAUUAUAUUUGUAUUUUUGCAAGUGUAAUGUUAUUUAUAUGGUUAAAAAUGUAAUGGUCAGAAAUUAUAUAAUACAAUAUACUAACAUAAAGAUAUAGGAAAAUAUAACAUUUAAUACAAUAUAUAUAUAUAUAUAUAUAUAUAUCAUAAUCAAUCAAUUCACAAGUGAUAUUUGUACAGACAGGAAAAUAUUGGGCCUGCAGUAUAGCUCUGCAACAUAUCAAAAAUCUAAACUAAGCCAACUCAAAGUUUGACACUUGACACUUCCCAUGUAGACACCUUUGUGAGGACCUUUGUCAGGGUAGAGCCCAUAUUUAACUUGAGGCAAACAAAAAUGAGGCAAUAAAGAGACAGAAAUAUAGUUCAAAAUAUAUACUGUGUUGAUCGAAAUAAUGAAAAUACUGUGCACAAAAACUUCAGAAAACAUUGUAAAAAAUUUGAUGUAAACUAGGACCUUUGAUCCUACUGAGUGGUUUGUGCAUUUGUGCCUGUUCAGACAGGGCCAGCAGGACCUCCUGAGGACCCUCUCAGAAUCAGUAGCAGCACCUCUGACUUCACAGUCUCAUUUUUAUUCCACAAAUUAUACAUGACAUCUACCCUGACUAAGGCCUGUGGCAAAAAUCGUUUUUGUCAUUUUUACUUUAAAGAGCAUAAUCUAUUUACAUAAUCGUUAUGCUUUAAUAACUUGAGAUAUAACAAUAUACCAUUAAAAUUGCUGUCAAAGGUGCUAUUGUGGGUGUACUACAUCAUGAUAAUCACAUUAUUAUUAUUAUUAUUUUACAUUUAACUUGUUUGUUGGACAUAAGGGCUUACUUUAAUAUAAAAAACUGCAUUUGAAGUAGACACAUCUGUCUUAUAUUCACAUGCUGACACAAUUUAUCUAUUUCCUUUAAAGAAACUUUUUGCCAGUUUAUGAGUCAGAUAUGCAUAAAUCAAAAUUGAUUUGAUCGUAAUUGAUUUGACUGUAACUCUGACACGGACUUUACUCAUGUCUCUUCUGCAUACAUGUCUAAAAAAUACCCAGAAGUUUGAUGAUAAUCACUGUAACAUCUUAAGAACAAUCCAGUAUUUUCAUUGCCAACAUGGGUCUGAACUAGCCCACACCAUCUUCCCAAAUAAAACUAUAAGCAAUUAACUAUUCAUUAGCUUGAGCAUGCUGUGUGUAGCCUAAAGUGGCUAAAGAAAACAAGAGUUUUUGACAGUUUUUGUGCAUUUAUUGUAUGUGAAUUGAGUUUUAUAGGACAUACUGUCCCCACAGCUGUAUGUAUGCCCUGCAGGGGCGACAGCAAUGCAUUAUACUUGUACUGUAUUACCUACACUCUAAUAAGUAUGUUUUUUUGUUUUUUACCUAUAAUCCCAACAUUAUCUCCCAAACUUAUCUUCAACUAACAACAUUUAAAUGUUUAAAAGGUGGUCAAUUUUGUUACAUACAAAAACAUUGUAAUGUCUUCUUAAAAAAGUUUCCUUUUAAAUAACAAUUUGAAUAUUUUAGAUUAUUUUCACAUUGAAUAUAGUUUUCACCCACCCCAUAUUUUUUCGGAGGCAGCUUCGUAAUAUACAGUUUACUUACAUUCUGAAACAUUGUUUAAAUCAUAUGAUAAACAGUGAAAAUUUGAUGGCUAUAGUCAGUUGCAGGCAUUUAAAAUCACAGUAACAUCUGGUGGUCACACUCAAAUCCUGUGUAAAUUUCACUAUUGUCAAAGUAAACUUUUUAAAAUUAUUUGCAUUAAUUUGCAUUUAUUAAUUUAAGCAUUAUAAAACCAAUAUUCUGAUGUUAUUCUGAUUUGGAACCAUGUAUCUAAUAAAGCACUAUUAAGAAGUGUGUUUGAGCCAUUUUUGAUGAGACAUUUUGCAAUAAAAAAUAACAGAAUGAA